AUGGAGAAACAAGAGUGUGAUACUAUCAACAACAAUAUGGAAGAAAGGACCAAAGUAUUCCCUUGUAUGUUCUGUUCAAGGAAAUUCUAUAGCUCACAAGCUUUAGGAGGCCAUCAAAAUGCUCACAAAAAGGAGAGGAUUGCAGCAAGAAAGGCCAAGAGGGCAACUGAAUUUUCUCUCCUCAACGCGUACUCGCCACCAUCGUCUAUGUCGUCGCUAAUGUUUUCCGGCAACCACCAGCAACAUCCCCAUAUGGCCCUUCUUAGUAGCCCACCCCCACCACCAAUGUACAUUGCCUCCCAUGCUUCAAACAUGUCUCAUUUUCCUACUAAUAAUCAACUUUGUGACCCAUUUGGGCCCGGUGGGCCGACUCGUUUUCCGAAUAUGGUGGUUUAUAAUAGCAAUGGUGGGAGUGGCCCAAUUAAUCCAUACUCAUCAUGUUGUGAAGAGGCCCAUGAGCAAAAUAUGGGGAAUUGGCAAAGGGAGUUGAGGUUUGGUGGGCCCAAUAAUAUAAGUUCAAUGCAAGUGUUGAAAAAGAAUAUGGAGGCUUUUGGGAGAGAUUGUCAUAAAGAGAUGGAAAUGAAACUUGAUUUGUCUUUGCAUUUGUAAAAAAUAAGGUUAAUUGGAGGCAUUGUAUUUUGAGAUUUGUAGAACUUUAGUUUAUGACUAGGCUUGGAACCUUCAAUUUUGGCAAAGGGAGAGAAAUUAAACAAUAAAAGAGUUAUGAACUUAUGAUGAAAUUGGAUCUUUUUAUGCUCUCUUUAGAGCUAAAAGAAGAUCGUACUUUUGGUGGUACUAUAAUUCACAUUUCUUCCAAGAGUUUUUGUUGGCAAAAGAAAAAGCCAAAACACUACAUGUAAUAAGUCUAUUCAAUUAAUAUAAUUUUAUCCAUAAUAAGAAAUAUAAUCGCAUGUCCUAUGUUUAUUGGAUAUUUACUUACAACAACUUGACUUUUACAGUAUCUAUAGAGGCGUAGAGGAAAUACUUUGUAAUUAGUAUUAUGUUACCUUUGUCUUCUUUGUUAUAAAUUUCUCUUAAUGAAUGUUCAAGCCAUUAGGCCCAUUACUGCAACACAAUUAAAAUGGGCCAAAUGGUCUGCUUUUGUAGAGUUCUUAGCCCAUCAAUUUUGUCACGUGCCUCCUCCCCUUGGGCGGUAGGGCUCUUAUAUUAAGCUUGUAUUUUUGUAAAAAAAAAAAAAAAAAAAAAAAAAAAAAAAAAAA